CUGGAGUCUGAACUCCACCUGGAAUGUGAGCCAAACUCAGAUCUAAAGGUGCAGUCAUAUGACUCCCUGGUGGCUGAACGAGAAUCAACAACUGCUCCUGAAACUAACGCUGCCUUCUCUGCCUGGGAUCUUGACGGUUUCUCACCUGGAGGAAAACGAAACCGGUCCUGCCGAGUCCCGACUCGCUCCGUGGCGCACUAACGUGCCUUUGGAAAGCAAUGACACUUUCUUGCCCGCUGAGCCUCCGUGGAUGCAGCUGCCCUUUACCUGAGCGUGGCGUGAACGCUGUCGUCCACAGAUGGACAACCUGAAGGAAGGAAGGCCCUAUCGGGCAGCGGCAGAAGAGUCGUCGAGCCAACCAGAUGUCUGCUCCGAGCGGACAGUUGCAGCGGUCAGCUGUCCUGCUCUGUCCUCAGCACGCUUCACCUUACCUGGGAUCAUGGACACUGAGGGCAGGAUAGACGAGUCUAGACUGAGGAUGCAUAUAUUCAAAAAUGGUGGCGUGUCUCCCUCUGAGCGUGGCCUGGCAUGGCGGUUCCUGUUUGGCAUGUACCCAUGCAGCUCCACGGCUUUAGAGCGCUCACUGCUGCAGGAGCAGUUAGUUAUACGAUAUCAGGUCAUGAAAAGAAGGUGGCAAAAGUUCCUUCCUUCAACCGUGCGCAUGCACCUCAACGGCACUGAUGCUGAGUUAGUCGCAGCUGUCAGAUAUUUUGACCAGAGGCAAGCACAGGAACAGCAGCAGACCCAGGACCUGUCUGAGGAGGCCAGGGAGAGACUGGCUUUCUUGAACCUUCAGGCACAGAUAUUAUUUGAGCGGGUCACAUUUGACGGGGAGGAGCUCCGGGAAGCUAUACGAAUCAUUGACAAGGAUGUACCAAGAACUAACAGAGACCUGACGUAUUACCAGGGUCAAGGUUCAGGUAAUCUGUUGGUGUUGAGAGACAUACUCAUCACUUAUGCUGCUUUUCAUCCAGAGGUCAGCUAUGCCCAGGGAAUGAAUGACCUGUGCAGUCGGUUCCUGGAGGUUCUUGACUGUGAGGUUGACACUUUCUGGAGUUUCUCCUGCUACAUGGAGAAAUUCUCCAAGGACUUCAGAGCUGAUGGCCUGCAUAGAAAAAUAGGUAAGACUUCCAAAAAGGAAAUCACAAACCCCCUCUCCUUCACCUUCUGCCACAGGUGGUUGCUGCUAGGUUUCCAGAGGGAGUUUGAACACAGUGAUGCUCUCCGUCUGUUCGAGAUCCUGAGUUGUGACCACCUUGAGCUCAUCACUCAACAAGUAGAGCGAGCCAGGUAUCAGGAAAGGCUGGCACAAGAAAUCAGCACAGAGGACGAUCCAGAGUCAGACCUGCAGGCCAUCAACACUGACUUCACCUUUGAGCUCUUCAUCUGUGCAGCCAUUCUGUUAGAGAACAGAGAAUCUCUGCUGCAGUGUCAGGAUGAUGUGCAGCUCAUUCAGUUCACAAGCAGCCUCCAUGGAACACUGGACCUGAAUAGUACGCUGAAGAAAGCAGAGCGCCAUUUCUACAACUACUGCAAACGCUGUGUUUGGGUCAUCAUGAAUGGGCAGUGCAGACAGCACAAAAGCAAAGAAGAGGACUUUCUUUAUCAACUCCGUAAUUUGUUUGUCUUGAAGUGACAACUAUUAUUUAAACUAUUUAAAGCCCUGAUGCUGUGAACUUCUGGGAUGUAUGGGGUAAUCUGGAGUUUUGAUGGUAUACAGUAACUCUAGAGUGGAAGACUGAUGCUCUAAUUUUGUCUAUCUCUGUUUAUUACAAAUAUACAGUAUUUAAUGGAUGAAAGUUGAUGCGCAGUCGUUCCAGCUCCCCUGCACUGCUGUGAAUAUGAUAGUAGCUUUACUAUCCUGUUACCUCAAAACUUAAGCUUUAAAAGAUUUGUUCUUUCAGGUUAUGCAAUAUUCAACUUGCUGGAGAAAAACAACUUGACAGGCGUGUGUUAUUACUCAUAUCUGAUGUGUUGCAAUCGGUGCCACACGCUGCAGUAAAAAUACAUUUUAUGCCUGAUGCCAUGUGUGUACCUAACAAGAAUAGAUGUUCAGCUUUGGAGCGCUGGAGGAAUUAUUUGGGAAGAGCAAGCACAACUUACUGCACAACUCUCUUGAGAAUGAAACACUUACACCGUUAAAGACACCUGACAAAAUGAUACCUCAAUAAUAAUAAAUUCACUUCUCUUGUAUUUAGUUUUCUCACAUAAUACAGGUCAGCAUUCCUUAAAUGAAAUGUAUGAAAUAAAUUUGAUCUGUCCCGUAAAGGACCUAAUAUCA